UAGAUGUAAGAAGUUGAAUUAUUUUAUUAUUAUAUUUAUUUCAAAGAAAAGGAAUUAAUUAUCUCUAAAAAAAAAAGAGGGAAAAAGUUUUUAAAAAGAACCAACUCCCUCCUUUUCCAAGCGAACCUCCGACCCCCCUCACUAAUUCAUCCAGGUUACAUCCGAAAUUCCCCGAGACGCCAACGCCCUGCACCUCUAUCAACACGCAUCGUGGAAAUAUCAAAACCCCACUUUCCGCCCAAACCCCAAACCCCUCCUUCUUCUCCUCACACCCACAUUUCCCAUCCCAACAAUCAAUUACUCCCCCAAAUGUCCUUCUUGCGCCUGAGAUUCGUACCUAGCAAAUUAUAUCCCAAACAAUCUCACUCCUGUGCUACUCGUUCAAUUUCCUCCUCUUAUCCGGCUGUAAGGGUAAAUAGUAGACAAAUGUCUUCGAGUUCAGCAGCGGCGACGCCGACGACAGAGAAAUUUGAGUGGUUGGUUGUGCUACCUGAUAAUGAGGGGGCGUUGGAGAGGAGAGUUAGUGUUAGACCGUGAGUUUGUUUUAUGUUUGUAGCUUGAUGUUUGUAUGGGGUAUUUCGUGCGAGGGUAUUUUUGAGGUUUCGUAGCUAUAGGAAGGAGGAAGUGGUGAUAUUGAUGUGAAUUUGGGAUGAACGAAUGCUAAAGAAAUUUAUAGCAAGCAUUUUGAAGGGUUGAAGACUGGUCUUGACUCCGGAUUCUGGAAGAUGGGCGGUAAGAUUUCCUAUUACUUCUCUUCCCAAAGGCAUUUCACUAACAAAAUCCAACAGGAGCUUUUCUCUCCGAACCUCCUAGUGGUGACUCCCCCUUAAAAUUCCAAGGCAGUUGUAUGAUUGCUCUUGCUAGCAGUAAGGAGGAAGUUAUUGAGGUAUUGAAGAAGGAUAUUUAUGCGGAAAAUGAUGUUUGGGAUUUCAGCAAGGUAUGUUAUGUUAUCGCUGCCACGAAGAUUUGCGGUCCCGGGUUAUGGAAGUAUAUUGCUUGGGAUGGAUUACUGAUGUGUACAGAUCCAAAUCUAUCCCUUCAAAUGUGCAUUCAGAAAGGAGGCGUAAGGGAUUGAGGUUCUGUUGUUUCGUUCAUGGUGGUGAAGCGUGAUAUCAACAUUUCAACUUUUUGAGUUUCGAAGCAGUCAAUACAAGCAAACGAAUCAAUUGAUCGGUUUCACAAAUGGGUUUCAAUUUCUUCUGAUAUUGUUUUUAUCCACCUCUAACAUGUGUUUUUGUGGAAGAAAUUAAACUGGAAAUACAAUCUGAAGAAAGUUACAAUGAUAAUGUAGAG